AUGACUAUGAUAUCUGGUGAGAUAUCUGGUUCACCCCGUUCAAACGGGACUUCCAGCGCUCCACAAAGCUACGUUUUGGUCACAGGCGGUGCUGGGUACAUAGGCUCCCACACGGUUGUGGAACUGAUCGAAAAUGGUUACAAAUGCAUUGUGGUGGAUAAUUUCAGCAACUCCUGCUACGAACCCAUAGCCAGGAUCCAGCUUCUCACCAAAACGGAAAUUCCGUUUUUCAAAGUGGAUCUCACGGACCAGGCUGCCCUAGAACGUGUUUUCGAACAGUACCCGAUCGACUCCGUGAUCCAUUUUGCAGGGCUCAAGGCCGUGGGCGAGUCCACUGAGCUUCCCUUGAAAUACUAUCACAACAAUAUCACUGGUACUCUGGUCCUGCUCGAAACUAUGCAGAAGUUCGGCGCGAAAAAGCUGGUAUUCUCGUCCUCCGCUACGGUCUACGGCGAUGCCACCAGAUUUCCAAACAUGAUCCCGAUUCCUGAAGAAUGCCCCACAGGACCAACGAAUCCGUACGGCAAGACCAAGCUGGCCAUCGAAGAACUACUCGAGGACCUCUACAAUAGCGAGCAGACGCGGUGGAAAUUUGCAAUACUUCGAUAUUUCAACCCCAUAGGCGCGCACCCCUCGGGGAUCAUUGGCGAAGAUCCUCUGGGAAUACCCAACAACCUACUGCCGUACAUGUCCCAGGUCGCCGUUAAACGGAGACAGAAGCUAUUUGUGUUCGGUAAUCAGUACAACUCGCGCGACGGGACGCCUAUCCGCGACUACAUCCAUGUUGUCGACCUUGCCCGUGGUCAUAUCGCUUCCCUGAAAUAUUUGGACAAAAUUCAUAGCUCUGAAGGCAUAUGUAGGGUCUGGAACUUGGGGUCUGGAACGGGGUCCACGGUUAUGGAGGUUUACAAAGCGUUUUGCUUGGCUUGCAAAAUCGACCUACCUUACGAAAUUGUUGGCCCCCGUUCGGGUGACGUUCUCAAUUUGACUGCCAAGCCAGACAGGGCUAUACAAGAGCUCAAAUGGAAAACUACAAUGAAUGUUGCUGAAUCGUGCAAAGAUCUUUGGAAUUGGACCACAAGAAACCCUUCCGGCUAUCAAGCGAAGGGUGUCGUCAAUAAAUUUUUUGGUGCGCCAAACGAUUAUCGCUGUCGUCUGGUCACCGUUGGGAAAGGCUCGGGAUUUGAAACCUCAUUCACAAACCUCGGUGCCACUCUUGUGGACCUCACGAUCUGCGGAAAGCCUGUAGUUUUGGGCUUAGGAGACGAAAGUGAAUAUGUGGAUGAUUCCAACCCGUAUCUGGGGGCCACAAUUGGCCGUUACGCGAACCGCAUCUCAGGUGGUAAGUUCAAUCUACAGGGAAAUGCAUAUCAGCUAGCCCUUAACGAAAAGGCUGCAACCGUUCACAGCUCUUCACAGUCUUUUCAUCGCAAAAGGUUUUUGGGGCCGCUCGUUCAAGAACUGAAAAAUAACGUGUACGUGGUUAAAUUCGUGUUGUUCGAUGCUGCGGAGUCUUUCCCUGGGGACGUCGAGGUCAGUGUCAACUAUGAGAUUGACGUCAAGGCGCAAACGCUCUCGGUUGAAUAUGAAGGGCGCUUGAUAAAGGACGAAUCAACGGUUAUGAAUUUAACCAAUCACUCUUACUUCAAUCUCAAUCAGUUCCAGUAUACAGAUUGUGGUGGCACGCAGUUUGAAGUUCUCUCGGAUAGAGUGGUUGAGAUGGAUACCAAAAAUAGACCCACUGGUCAAAUUGUCAAAUGGUGGGAGCCCUCUCAGUUCAUCUUCAGCUCUACCGAGUCCCAAUAUGACACCUGUUUUGUCACAGGGUCUAAGAGCUCCAUUGACACCCGCUCAAACGAAUUAAAGGAUGUACUAAUCGCACAGCAUCCCGAGUCGAAUCUCAAGCUAACUGUUUCAACCACAGAACCUAGCUUUCAAUUUUAUACCAAAGGCCCAGGUGUUACCAAAAGCCGCGACGAGCGAUACGGAUUCUGCUGCGAGCCUGGCAGAUACAUUAACGCUAUAAAUUUGCCACAGUGGGAAAGUGCUGUGGUCUUAAAAAAAGGCGAGACUUAUGGAUCUCGCACUACCUACAAAUUCGACUCAAUAUUUCCGUGA